AUGGUCCACAUCGAGCCAAAGUACCAAGUGCCCCGCGACUUCGAGGGCUACGGCGAGGAAGGGUUUGAUGCCAAAUGGCCCAACGGUGCGCGUAUUGCGGUGUCGUUUGUGCUGAAUUAUGAGGAGGGUGGCGAGCGCUGUAUUCUGGACGGCGACAAUAUGUCGGAGCCGUACCUGUGGGAGAAGGGCUCGUCCGGUGGACACCGUGACAACGCCCGGUAUCUCAAUGCCGAGCACGACUUUGAAUACGGCAGUCGAGUGGCCUCGUGGCGGUUGAUCCGCCUGUUUAAGGAGUUUGGCUGGACCUUCACGACCUAUGCAGUUGCGAUGGCCCUGAAGAAGAAUCCAACCUUUGCCAAAGCCUUGGUUCGCGACGGUCACGAAAUAGCUACCCACGGUGUGCGGUGGAAGGACUUCUGGGACUAUAAUCUGGAGGAGGAUAAGGCGUACAUUAAAGAGAGUCUGCUGCUGCUGAAGGAGGUAACUGGCGAGAUGCCCGCUGGCGCCUACUUUGGGCGUGGUACCCCACAGACACAUCAUUUAUUUCCUGAGGUUUGGAAGGAGCUGGGUGCAGAGUUCCUCUGGUCAUCGGAGUGCUAUAAUGACGAUGUACCUUACUGGCUUGACUUGCCGUGGGAAAACGACCUGCCCGAGAAGGAGCGGGAGGGUAUGCUCUUGAUUCCAUACAACUACGACUGCAAUGAUGGCAAAUUUCACAUGGCGCCCGGAUUCGGCUCAAGCUCAGGCGAGAGCUAUGAGAAAUAUCUCAAGAACACUUUCGACAUGCUGUACCGCGAGGGCGGCAAGAUGAUGAACAUUCCCAUUCACACACGUAUCAUCGGCAAGCCCGGCCGAUGUGAAGCGCUUCGUAACUUCAUGAAGUACGUCGCCGACAAGCCUGAUGUUUGGGUGACGAACAGACGAGAUAUCGCCAAGCACUUCCGGUCUAAGUUCCCUUACCAACCUGACCGAAAGUGGGUUGAGGACGCCAGGAAACAGUAA